UGAGAAUCACUGCCCUAAUCACUUGGAUGUUCUGGACUCUAGGAUGACAAAGUCUUCAACCAGAAAUACCAUCCAAUACCUGAGAAACCUUCCUGCACUCAGGUUUCAUCAGAACUGGUGUGGUCUGAGUAAGAGCCUUACUCCCUGAAGUCAAUAAAUUGUACCGGCUUGGCCUUGUAUUAGGCUUGAUUUGGUGAACAGAGUCUUAAUGCUUUCAUACACUGCAAUGGGCUACUGAAGAAGAGGGAUCCAGGAGAGCCACCCAUUUUGUGAAGGUCCCAGAUGCUCUUUGAGGUUGCUGACAACAAGGUGUCCACUCAGUCAAUGUCUAAGCCAAGGAUUGCUGUUAUUGGUGCUGGCUUGAUUGGCCUCUCCACAGCAGUAUGCAUUUCAGAAACUAUCCCCACAUGUUCUGUGACUAUAAUUUCGGAUGAGUUUACCCCCAACACAACAAGUGAUGUAGCUGCUGGGAUGCUUAUUCCACAUACAUAUCCAGGUACACCAAUUUAUCAGCAGAAGCAGUGGUUCAAGGAGACCUUUGAUUAUCUCUUUGCAAUCAAUAAUUCUUCUGAGGCUCUCAGUGCUGGCAUUAGUUUGGUAUCUGGCUGGCAAAUCUUUAAAACCAGCUCCAAUGCAGAGUUACCCUUCUGGUCUGACAUUGUGUUGGGAUUUCGGGCAAUGACAGAAAUGGAACUGAAGAAGUUUCCACAGUAUCGAUUUGGCCAGGCCUUUACUACCCUGAAAUGUGACUGUCCAUCCUAUCUGCUCUGGCUGGAGAAGAGGUUGAAAGGAAAUGGGGGUGAGGUACACGCUAAACGAAUAGCAAACCUGUGGGACCUGCAGAACAACUAUGACAUUGUUGUCAAUUGUACGGGCAUUGGAUCCAGAGAGCUUAUUGGUGACUUAAAGAUAUACCCUGUCAGAGGUCAAGUGCUCAAGGUUCAUGCACCUUGGCUAAAUCACUUCAUCCGGGAUGGAGAUGGAUUAAGCUAUAUCUACCCAGGAAUACACAAUGUAACGUUGGGCGGGACAAGGGAGAAGGACAGCUGGAAUCUGUCCCCAGAUCCUAACAUUAGCAAAGACAUAUUUGACAAAUGUUGUGCUCUUGAACCCUCACUUCAAAAAGCGCAGGACAUAAAGGUGAGGGUCGGUCUGCGGCCAUCCAGGUUAGCUGUGAGGCUCCAGAAAGAGAUACUGGUCCAAGGUGAGAAAAAAUUGCCUGUGGUCCACAACUAUGGACAUGGUUCAGGUGGUUUUUCAAUGCACUGGGGCGCUGCCAAAAAGGCUGCCCGACUGGUGGGAGAAUGCAUUGCUAGUCUGCAGGACUCUCUUCCAAAGGCCAAGCUCUAAACUAAAUGGCCUCCUUUUUCAGUUAGCAGUAGGAUAAUGAUGGGUGCAUCUACAUGUCACCCUAUGGUGACAUUGUUACUGUGCCGUGCUUUAGUACUUCCUUUUGGGUUUUAUUUUACUAAUAGAUUUAUUGGGCAACACCAUCCAAAACAAAGUACUAAAGCACGGCUCAGUGUUGCACUACAUAAUUCCUAAGGAAGUACUAAAGCAUGGUGCAGUAACUGCCCAGACUGCGCCAUAAGUGUGGCGCAUGGUUAUUUUUAGCUGCUACUUUGCCAUAGUAGCAUGCUAUAAUGGGGGACUGUGCCACUACUGUGAAGUAGCUACCAGUUACAUGUAGACCUACAUGAUGGAUACAUUGCCGUAACGUGUCACUACCGUGACUUAGUGUGACAUGUAGGUACUCCCAUUAAAUCUAUUACUAAAAUCUUCAGAAUGUUAUUCUGAAGCAAAUGUAAGGGUCCAUGUGCCACAUUUUUGCCCAUGGCUGAGUUCCAGUUGGCCACAGGAGACCAGAGGGAAGCCAGAGAAUUUCUCUGGAAUAAUCUUACUCAAAAUUAGAGCAACUUCAGGUAUGCUUUAAUGUACGUUGCUUUUGGAAGGUCAGUAAUGGAUCAUCCAUCAGUGAAAUGAGUUCUGCUCUACUUUGUCCCUUUCAGGCCUAACAUACCUCCAGCAAACCGCUUCUCCUUCCAGACUUUCCCUCUUCAAGGAGUAGGAGGGCAGCUGGCACAGGAACCAUUCCGUUGCUUGCCUCCGCAAGGAUAACAAAAGACAUAGACUUUUAGUAGAGAAUCUGGCGCUGUCUCUUUCCUUUAGCUAAGAACAUAAUUCCAGAGUUAAUUCAGUAUAAAAUUAGCUAUCUGAGGGACAGAAUCAACAUGUUAACACAGAUAAAGCAAAAAAGAUCCCAAACAAACUUAAAAAACAAUACUAUAUAGAUGAUUUGUUAUGAUCACUUGAAAGAUUUCUUCCCUAAAGAAGUGUGUAGACUGUAGAUCUUCUCCAAAGUUUGAUUAAUGCAGAGUAAUGCUUCACAAGCCACAUGCCUGAUAACAAUGUACCUACACAUAGCACUGCAGUUGGAUUCAGACAUUUGGUUAUGCAGUGAGUACCAAAAAUCUCUGCAGAAAAAGCUUUCACCAGAAAAUCCUACACCUGCAAUUGCUUUAAUCUAGUCCAUCUAGUUUCAGUAGUUCCCAACAUUUUAUGUAACUCUUUGUUUAUUUCCAGUAAUGGUUUUCAUAUUGCAAGCUACAGUAUGACUCAAUGCAUUAGCAGAUUUUAACUUUUGAUACUGGAAAUAAAACAUAACUCAGUGGGUCUGGACUGCA